GUAACUAACACACACUACCACCCUGCCGUACAAUACACUGUUAUAUACCCUAUACUCACACUGUACCAGGUAACUAACACACUACCACCCUGCCGUACAAUACACUGUUAUAUACCCUAUACUCACACUGUACCAGGUAACUAACACACUACCACCCUGCCGUACAAUACACUGUUAUACACCCUAUACUCACACUGUACCAGGUAACUAACACACUACCACCCUGCUGUACAAUACACUGUUAUAUACCCUAUACUCACACUGUACCAGGUAACUAACACACACUACCACCCUGCUGUACAAUACACUGUUAUAUACCCUAUACUCACACUGUACCAGGUAACUAACACACUACCACCCUGCCGUACAAUACACUGUUAUAUACCCUAUACUCACACUGUACCAGGUAACUAACACACUACCACCCUGCCGUACAAUACACUGUUAUAUACCCUAUACUCACACUGUACCAGGUAACUAACACGCACUACCACCCUGCUGUACAAUACACUGUUAUAUACCCUAUACUCACACUGUACCAGGUAACUAACACACACUACCACCCUGCCGUACAAUACACUGUUAUAUACCCUAUACUCACACUGUACCAGGUAACUAACACACUACCACCCUGCCGUACAAUACACUGUUAUAUACCCUAUACUCACACUGUACCAGGUAACUAACACACUACCACCCUGCCGUACAAUACACUGUUAUACACCCUAUACUCACACUGUACCAGGUAACUAACACCACACUACCACCCUGCCGUACAAUACACUGUUAUACACCCUAUACUCACACUGUACCAGGUAACUAACCACACACUACCACCCUGCCGUACAAUACACUGUUAUAUACCCUAUACUCACCACUGUACCAGGUAACUAACACACUACCACCCUGCCGUACAAUACACUGUUAUAUACCCUAUACUCACACUGUACCAGGUAACUAACACACACUACCACCCUGCCGUACAAUACACUGUGUUAUACACCCUAUACUCACACUGUACCAGGUAACUAACACACACUACCACCCUGCCGUACAAUACACUGUGUUAUACACCCUAUACUCACACUGUACCAGGUAAACUAACACACUACCACCCUGCCGUACAAUACACAUGUUAUAUACCCUAUACUCACACUGUACCAGGUAACUAACACAAUACCACCCCUGCCGUACAAUACACUGUAUAUUACCCUAUACUCACACUGUACCAGGUAACUAACACACUACCUCUCUCCCUCUCUCGCUGUCUCUCUCUCCCUCUCUCGCUGUCUCUCUCUCCCUCUCUCGCCUGUCUCUCUCUCGCUGUCUCCUCUCUCGCUGUCUCUCUCUCGCUCGUCUCUCUCUCGCUGUCUCUCUCUCGCUGUCUCUCUCUCGCUGUCUCUCUCUCGCUGUCUCUCUCUCGCUGUCUCGCUGUCUCUCUCUCGCUGUCUCGCUGUCUCUCUCUCCCUCUCUCGCUGUCUCCUUCCUCUCUCGCUUCUUCUCCUUCGCUGUCUCUCUCUCCCUCUCUCGCUGUCUCUCUCUCCCUCUCUCGCUGUCUUCUCUCCCUCUCUCGCUGUCUCUCGUCUCCCUCUAUCGCUGUCUCUCUCUCCCUCUCUCGCUGUCUCUCUCUCGCCCUCUCUCGCUGUCUCUCUCGCCCUCUCUCGCUGUCUCUCUCUCCCUCUCUCGCUGUCUCUCUCUCCCUCUCGCUGUCUCUCUCUCCCUCUCUCGAUGUCUCUCUCUCCCCUCUCUCGCUGUCUCUCUCUCCUCUCUCGCUGUCUCUCUCUCCCUCUCUCGCUGUCUCUCUCUCCCUCUCUCGCUGUCUCUCUCUCCCUCUCUCGCUGUCUCUCUCUCCCUCUCUCGCUGUCUCUCUCUCCUCUCUCGCUGUCUCUCUCGCUGUCUCUGUCUCGCUGUCUCUGUCUCGCUGUCUCUCUCUCCCCCUCCCGCUCUCUCCCUCCCUCUGUUCUUCAGACAUGACCACUUCAUCUCGUCCAGCCUGUCCUCCUCCUCCCCCUCUCUCUUUGACGGCGCGGUCAUCAGCACAGUAACCACGGCAACCAGGAAACACUUCAGCACUCUGCUGUCCCUGCUGGGGACCCUGCUGAGGAAGGAGCACCUCUACACUGAGGCCAGGUGCACACACUAUACAUUACACACACACACACACACACACACACACACACAACACAACACAGAGACAUACACACACCACACACACACACACAAAACACACACGAUAAAUACAAAACACCACAUACAUGACACACACACACACACACCUAUACAAUUACACACACACAACAGACACACACACACAACACACUACAUACACACAAAAAACACAACACACUACAAUACAGACACCACACACACCCCAACUAAGACAUACAACACACACACACCACACAAGAACACACACACACGAACAGACUUACACACACACACACUAGGACAACACACACCCACACUAACAUACACACACACACACACACAACACACACACACACACACCACACAGACACACACAACACACCACACACACACACACACACACACCACCACGAUACAUUACACAACACACAAAACACACAACACAUUCACACACACAGGAUACAGGACACAACAACCACACACACACACACACACACACACACACACACACACACACACACGCACAGAGACAUUACACACACACACGAUGCACACCCACAGUGAUACAUACACGCACACUAGACAUGACACACCCCACACACACAGUACAGUACACACACACACACGACAGACACACACACACACGAGACAGGACACACACACCCCACGAGACAGGACACACACACCAACACUAUACAUACACAAAACACACACACACAACACACUAUACAUUACACACACACACACUAUACAUUACACACACACACACAUACAUUACAACACCCCAACACCCACACACACACACACUAUACAUUACACACACACACUAUACAUUACACACACACACACACACACACACACACACACACUAUACAUUACACACACACACACACAACACACACACACACACACGCACACUAUACAUUACACACACACACACACACACACACUAUUCACACACACAUUAUACAUUACACACACACCACACACACAACACACGCACACUAUACAUUACACACACACACACACACUAUUCACACACACAUUAUACAUUACACGCACACUAUACAUUACACACACACACACUAUACAUUACACACACACACUUUACAUUACACACACACAGGUGUAGUUGAACGAUAACCUAACCUAGUUCGUGUGUGUGUCUGCUACAAACAGGAAGCUGUUGUUGACGUGGUCUCUGGAGAUGUGUCUGAUGAUGAAGAAGUCUGAUACCUACACCCCUCUCUUCUCCCUGCCCUCCUUCCACAAGUUCUGCAGGGUCUGCUCCACAACG